UGGCACAAGUUGAAUCCCCCUCACAAACCUGCAACGUGUCAGUCACCCUCUUGCCCCAAAGUCACGCCGUGGACUUGUCCGUCGGUCGUCCCCCGCCCUCGUCACAAAACUCCGAAAUGUAAAACAUCAACUUCAGUUCUCACCAUUUUUCUCUGAAUUUCUGCGAAUUUAUUUCCAAAACCAAGAAAAAUUAAUAUCCAAGAGAUCCCAAGGAAAUCGGAAAAUGAAGGCGGAGGCUUUGACUCUGGUUCUGGUCAACUUGGCCGGUAUCAUGGAGCGAGCCGACGAGUCGUUGCUGCCGGGCGUCUACAAGGAGGUCGGCGCCGCUCUGCACACCGACCCGACCGGGCUCGGCUCGCUCACGCUCUUCCGGUCCAUUGUGCAGUCCGCUUGCUACCCAAUUGCGGCGUACCUGGCCGUGCGCCACAACCGUGCCCACGUCAUUGCCUUCGGCGCCUUCCUCUGGGCCGCCGCUACUUUUCUCGUCGCGUUUUCCUCCACUUUCACCGAGGUGGCUAUAUCCAGAGCUUUGAAUGGGAUUGGCCUUGCUCUAGUUGCUCCGGCUAUGCAGUCCCUUGUAGCUGACUCAACUGAUGACAACAACCGCGGUAUGGCUUUUGGAUGGCUUCAACUAACUGGCAAUGUUGGUUCGAUAAUUGGUGGCCUUUGUUCGAUAUUAAUAGCUCCAAUAACAGUCAUGGGUAUCCCUGGAUGGAGAAUUUCCUUUCACCUUGUUGGAUUAAUUAGUGUUUUAGUUGGUGUUUUAGUCCGUCUGUAUGCUACUGACCCACACUUUCCAGAUGGCGAAACAAAAGAUAGCAGUCAGAAUUCCAGUAGUUCCUUGUGGUCACAAGUGAAGGAACUGGCCCUUGAAGCUAGGUCGGUUGUUAAAAUUCCUUCUUUCCAGAUUAUUGUGGCGCAGGGCGUUACUGGUUCGUUUCCCUGGUCAGCAUUGUCAUUUGCACCCAUGUGGUUGGAACUCACUGGCUUCUCUCAUGGGAAAUCCGCUUUCCUCAUCGCCUUGUUCGUGAUUGGAAGUUCCCUUGGUGGCUUGUUUGGGGGUAAAAUGGGAGAUAUCCUUUCCACACGUCUUCCAAACGCAGGAAGGAUUAUACUAGCACAAAUAAGCUCCGCAACUGCCAUUCCUCUUGCAGCAGUUCUUCUGCUUGCAUUACCUGUGGAUCCAUCUACGCCUGUCAUCCAUGGUUUCAUGUUGUUCUUCAUGGGAUUCUUUAUUUCAUGGAAUGCUCCGGCUACAAACAAUCCCAUUUUUGCGGAGAUAGUUCCUGAGAGAUCGCGAACAAAUGUAUAUGCUUUGGACAGGUCAUUCGAGUCCAUACUCUCAUCAUUCGCUCCUCCAGUAGUUGGGAUAUUGGCUCAACACAUGUAUGGUUAUAAGCCAGUUCGUCAAGGGUCCAGUGCAUCGGAAGAGAUUACCACGGACAGAGGGAAUGCUUUGUCGUUGGCAAAAGCACUAUACACAGCAAUAGGAAUUCCAAUGGCUCUCUGUUGUGUCAUCUACUCAUUCCUAUACUGUACCUACCCAAGAGAUAGGGAGCGGGCUCGGAUGGAGGUUUUAAUAGAAGCAGAGAUGCAACAAAUAGAAUUAGAAGAUUCGCCUGCUGGAGAAGAAUAUUCACGUGCUCGGUUUCCAGAGUCGGAAGAGCUGUAUGUGACUGAUGAAACUGUCAUUGAUGUGGAGUAUGAGGGUGAGGAUGCUGCUGGUUCCGAUACCGAUGAACAGACACUGCUGUACCGCCAGUUAACGUUUGCCAAUAUGAGCCGGGAGUAAUCAAACCGGAAUCUCACUGAACACUACAACUUCAUUUAUGCACAUCCAAAUACUAUAAAUGUGCAGAAGAAUGGUACCCGUCCUGUUUUGACCCCCGACCGGAAAAUGAGCUAGAGAAAGGCGUCAUUGAUACUAACCAACAGCCUGAGUUUGACAACAGAAACAGAAUGGUUCUUUGUUAGCUUUCUUUCCAUUGUAACCGCUUACUUUCUCGAGAGAAAUAUUUGGAUAAAACGGUCAUACCACGUCAAUUUUGCGUAUGUGAUAUAACAAAUUGAUAACGAGAUGAAA